UUCAUGACCAACUUAUUUGUUGUUGUUGAUCGGUCGUUAAAUAAUUGCUAUUUUCAUUGUUCGCUGGCCUUCGGCAUCAAUAACUUUCACCUCGAUAUAUCUAUAAUGGCAGCCAGCACACCUUUACUUAGUCGGGGAACCCUAAUUAAGCAAGGCGCAGAAGCCAAAGUCUAUGCUCUGCCAUCAUUGUUUCCGGAACCAACGACAUAUCACCCUGGCUCUUCCUCUUCCUUCUCAGCUGCUUCUCCUACCCCGGUCAUCUUGAAACACCGUUUCACUAAGACUUAUCGACACCCUACGCUUGACGCCUAUCUCACUUCUCAGCGCCUUACUUUUGAAGCUAGGGCCCUUGCCCGGGCGGCUAAAGCUGGAGUCACCGUACCGAAAGUUGUUUGGGUAGACGAAAAAGCUGGGGUUAUUGGUAUGGAAAGAAUAGAAGGUUGGAGCGUGAGGGAAAUUCUUGGAGGAGGGGCUGAGGGUGAAGUAGAGGUGAUAGAAGAACAAGAGAUCGAAGAAGAUGUUGAAAAUAAAGCUGAAGAUUCAGCAGUCCGUGAGGAACCCGAAGGUCCAGAGAGCGAGGGUUUGAAAGCGCUAAAGAAUUUGGGUGUGACCCAAGAACAUCUCAUGAGAUCCAUUGGGGCCGCUCUCGCACGAUUGCAUAAAACCAUGAUCAUUCAUGGCGACCUGACGACGUCCAAUAUGAUGGUACGUUUGACACCAGGAGGAUCAGGUCCGUAUGAGAUUGUUUUGAUAGAUUUUGGCCUGUCAUCCCAAGCGCAGUUCCCUGAAAACUACGCAGUGGAUCUCUACGUCUUGGAGAGGGCUUUUGCCUCUACGCAUCCGAGAUCGGAGAAGCUUUACGCUGGCGUCCUCGAAACUUACGCGGAAGGACUCGGAGAAAAGAAAUGGAAGCCUAUCCAGAUCAAAUUGAAAGAUGUGAGGAGAAGAGGAAGGAAGAGAGACAUGACCGGGUAGGUUGGAGACUUGGAAAUGUUGGAUGUUUAGGCUCGAUGGAUAGCCGUGAAGAAUGACAUGUAGAUAGCCCUUCAAUGGGAUCCUGUCGUCUUUCGGGUUCGAGAAGUUACGCGUUUGACUUAAUGCCUUGCUCCCCGCUCCAAUGCCCUGGAAGCCAGUCGGAACUCAAUAAGCGGUAGAGCUGAUUAGAUGCAUCAUAUUGCUGAUUA